GCUGCAAACGUCACUGCCCACCACAGACUGUGGCAGAAAGCCUGUUUCCUGUUACUUGCCACCUGGCAAUGCGCACCCCAUGUGUGCACUUCCAGGUGGCAGAAUAGUCUAGAUCCUGGAUUUCCAGAUCCAGAAUGUGCAGGAUUGUCCUCUUACUGCUGCAACACUGGAGCUGUCCAUCAUCUCAGAAACCCAAAUCUGUAGACUAAAAACAAAGGACCAAGUUGCUUCUACGUCUUAA